GCCCGAUGUACGCAGAGGCCCGAGUCAGAGUGAGUGCGAGCCUGCGAGAAGUGGGAAGCACGCGACCCUCGAUGGGCGAUCGGACGACGCGCGCCGCACCACGAUUCUGUUGCGCUCGCUAUAGUGUGACGAGCGGUUCGCCAGGCCAGAGCAGGCCAGCCGCGCCCGCCUGCGAUACACUGCGAGCAGCGGAGCGCGUGCUGAGGCUGUAGCACACGAGACGAAAAUACUCUUCUUGUAUUUGCGCGGAAGGAUUGGAAGAUUGAAGGCAACGACUGACACCGGGCGUCAGACGGGGCGCCAGGCGGGCGCGCGGGCAAAAGGGGCCCGCGGCAGUUUCAGCAGGUGGAAGGCCCGAGCUCAUCCUUGCGACUAGAGAGAGGGUUCAAAAGAUGGUCUCAAGUACCCCAGCCUCUGGUUCCGACGUUUAGAGAGAGAAUAUCAGAUGAGUGCUGUCUGCCUGCGGUCCCUGAGCUCUCAGAGCAGCCAGAAGUCGUGAGUGCCGCGGAGCCAGGACAGCGUAGCCCAAGAUCUCCAGCACGCCAGCAGCACGACUGUAGGGCUUGUGUCUUUCUUCUUAGGUCCUGCACCGCUGAGCUUCGGUCUCGGGUCGAGAUCAUCGUCGAUCGCUUCUAGAUGGGUGGGUUGGUGCGGCGAGGUUUUCAUCCUGGGUAUGCACUCUGUAAGAUUGGGCGAUAGAUGUUCGAGUGAAGCAGAGCUUUCACUUCCUGAUCAUCAGAGCCCUCGGGCCCUAUGCGAAUGCUGGUAUGUAAGUUAAGCUUCGUACGUCGCGUCGUACAGGCCAGUCCAGUCUCCAGUGCAACAGUUGGGCUGUCCCCACCGGACGCAGGCCCUGGUUGCACUGCAAUACGUAGCGAAGUGCCACUGGGAUUUGGUGCAGGCAAUCCAUGUUCGACUACCGUAGCCCGCUGACGUUUGCUUUUCUCAGAGCAGAGCAGUACAGGUUUCAGAGCCUUCAGGCUCGCUUUUCUCUCUCUUGUUUUUUCUACUCAUUGUCUUCUCUCCUUCCUCCAAAUCCUCUCUCCUCUCUCCUCUUUUCCAGUCUUUUCCUCUUUCUUUUUUCCUUUCUCUCUCUCUCUCACCUCUCUCUUGGCUGUCUUGUCUGCCUUUAUGUAAUAUGAUGCGACUGUUGCCGUCGUUGGACUGCUCCCUUCGAAGAGAUGAUGGUGGCCUCUACUUGUUAUACACCUUUUUCUUCUUCUCUCGAUUGACUUCAACUGUUGAAUGUGUGUUAUUACCCGUUGCUAUACUUGCCAGUACGGACAGUUUCAUCACUGCACUUCAAGCUACUCCCUCACUCUCUUCCAUGCUUUGUAUUAUGACAGUCAUUCCUUGAUACUAAGCGGGGAAUCUUUGGAGGCCUAGUCUACCAUUUAAUAAAGUGGCGACUUCAGUGUCUGAAUCAUCUGUCAGUAGGAACCCACGUGUACCGGUAUGUAAAUCAUUGGCGUAAACUGGAAGCUGGAUGCUACAGCGGCUUCCCGGAAAACGUUUUCAACUACUUUAGAAAAUGUUCGUAGAGAAUUCAGUCCUCUUGAUAUGCAUGAGAAAUCUUUGUUUGUCAUCAAUAGAGAACAACUACACAUGGAGAAAGUGUAAUUUCCAGGAGAAUCUUUAACGAACGUUCCGAGAUACCUUAAAGCAUCACCUAAAAUUUGGAACUGUCUGC